UCCUGGCAGACCUAUUUCUUGGAACUGUAAACCAGUUUUGAAUUAGAGCUGGAAAGGACUCCAGUGGUCAAGUGUAAUCCUGUCAUUUUACAGCUGACAAGCCUGAGACCCAGGGGUGACCAUGGCUCCUUGGCCUGAAUUGGGUAACUCCCACUCUGAUCCUAAAAAGUUCAUUGAAGAGGCUACCAUCCAACAAUCCACUGAAAAAGAUAAAGGAAGCUCCAGCAAUAAUGCCCAUUCUCCUGUAAGCAAAAUAGAACUUCUGCCAUCUUACUCGACUAUUGCAUUGAUUGAAGAACCAGCAGCUAAGCAAGACCCAUGGGACAUGCCUAACGUGGAAGAUACUGAGAUCAAGUGGUCAGAGAGAGGCACCACAGAGAAAGUAACUGCUGUCUUCAGAGGGUUCGGAAAAGUGAUUCUCCUCCUGGUAUUUCUCUACUUCUUUGUAUGUUCCUUGGACGUUCUCAGCAGCGCUUUCCAGUUGGUUGGAGGAAAAAUGGCUGGGGAGAUUUUCCGAGAUGGUUCAGUAUUGAGCAAUCCCAUUGCUGGCCUGGUGAUCGGUGUCCUGGUGACCAUCAUGGUGCAGAGUUCCAGCACAUCCUCGUCCAUCAUUGUCAGCAUGGUGUCCUCUUCGUUGCUGACAGUAAAGGCAGCAAUUCCCAUUAUCAUGGGAGCCAAUAUUGGGACUUCAAUCACCAAUACUGUCGUGGCUCUCAUGCAGGCUGCAGACAGGGAUGAAUUUCGAAGGGCUUUUGCAGGAGCGACCGUCCACGAUUUCUUUAACUGGUUGUCAGUCCUGGUGCUGCUGCCCGUGGAAGUGAUCACAAACUACCUCUAUUACCUCACUGAUGCCAUCGUGAAAAGCUUUAAUAUCAAGAGUGGAGAAAAUGCCCCUAAACUCCUGAAAGUCAUCACAGAUCCCUUCACAAAACUCAUUAUCCAGCUGGAUGAAGAAGUCAUAAAUGAAAUUGCCAUAGGAAAUGAGGCAGCCAAAAACAAGAGCCUGAUAAAGACUUGGUGUACAACAUUUAAAAAUGAGACGUUAAGCAACGUUACCGUUCCCUCACCAGAAAAUUGUACCUCUCCCAGCUUCUGCUGGACCAAUGGGAACAUGACCUGGACCCUCAUGAACAUGACAUAUGAAGAGAACAUUGCAAAGUGCAAACACGCAUUUGUGGAUGUCAAUCUCUCUGAUCUGGGCAUCGGACUCAUUCUUCUGGCCCUCUCCUUGCUGGUCCUGUGCACUUGUUUGAUCCUGAUUGUCAAGGUCCUGAACUCUGUGCUCAAGGGGCAAGUUGCUGCAGUGAUUAAGAAGACCAUCAAUACAGAUUUCCCCUUCCCCUUUGCCUGGCUGACGGGCUACCUCGCCAUUCUUGUUGGAGCCGGAAUGACCUUUAUUGUGCAAAGUAGCUCUGUGUUCACAUCUGCCAUCACUCCUCUGGUUGGCAUUGGAGUGAUCAGCCUGGAGAGAGCGUACCCCCUGACCCUGGGCUCCAACAUCGGCACCACCACCACAGCCAUCCUGGCUGCGCUGGCCAGCCCUGGAAGCACUUUACACAAUUCACUCCAGAUUGCCCUGUGCCAUUUCUUCUUCAAUGUCUCUGGGAUCCUUCUGUGGUACCCAAUCCCAUUCACGCGCCUGCCAAUCCGUCUUGCCAGGGGCCUGGGGAAUAUCACGGCCACCUACCGUUGGUUUGCCAUCUUCUACCUCAUCUUCUUCUUUUUAUUGAUUCCAUUGGCCGUGUUCGGCCUCUCCCUGGCAGGUUGGCCCGUCUUGGUGGGUGUAGGGAGCCCCAUCAUAGUGGUGCUGUUUAUGUUCCUGAUAAUGAGGGUCAUUCAAGCUCACUGCCCUCAAAUUCUCCCUAAAAAGUUGCAAACCUGGGACUUCUUGCCCUUGUGGAUGCGCUCCCUCAAGCCUUGGGAUGGGCUGGUGUCUCUCAUCACAGGCAAUUGUUGCCAGCUACCAUGCUGCUGCUGUUGCCGUGUCUGCUGCCGGGUGUGCUGCCUGCUGUGUGGAUGCCCCCGGUGCUGCCGCUGCAGUAAGUGCUGUGACCUGCUGGAAGAUGAAGAAAAGGUCAACGAAAUCCCCAUCAAGGUUCCCGAGGUCUAUGAGAACACGGCAGUCAUAGUGGAGGAGACCCAGCCCGUGUCCAAGACUCAGGAGCCUCAAGACGUAAAGACCGUCUCUAACUGCACAGCUUUAUAGUAGGACAGGGCUUUGAGAGGAGGAGAAAAGAUGGAUUAUUUCUUGUUCUACAUGCCCUUCUUUCCCCCCAAAUGUGGGAAGGGUAGGGGGGUAGAUGGUUAGCUAUCUAUUGGAAAAUGGAACCACGGACAUUUGCUACCCCUACCCUUCACCCCAGAAUCCAACACAUUGGCAGGUAGGGCUGGCUCAGCAUUGGCAGAAAUUGUGAUCAAAGCUCCGUCCUUCCCAGGGCCCCAGUUAUCCCUCACAUGAUUUCUGGCUCCCUAAGAGCCCUGGGACAAGAACCACAAGAUGAAUUCUGACUGGGCCAGUUAUUUACUCUCUCUCUAGAAACUAGGGCUACUGACCAACAGGACUUGUUUUAAAGACCUGAAAACUUUUUUUUAGAAGGAAGAAGCUUAAGGAAAGAUUUCAUUGCUCAAGAAAACCUAGUUAGACUUUUAUUUUUAAAUAAGUGAGUUUGGUUUCUGAGAAGACCUGACUGUAAGUAGGAAAUCAGUCCUUCUAUGGCCCCACAAGGCUGGCAGGUAGGGCAGAUCUGGCUGGAGAAGCUUCCAGCUAGUGACUUAUCCCUCGGCCCAGGCUUACAAAGCCUCAUCAUCAUCCCUGGGGACUUGCAGCAAGGGGAAGGUUGAGGAUUGAGUUUGAGCUCCAGCAAGCUAUGUGGACCCCCGUCCCUGCUCAUGAGAGAGUGCUGCUGGUCAGCAGCAUGUGCCGGGAUGGCUUCUAGAAGGGCUGGGCCACCCUCCUGGCUGAUGGCCAUCCUCCAGGGUAUGGCCACCAUCCUCCGGGCUAAUGGCUGCCACCCUCCAGGCUAAAGACCAGCCAUUCUUUGGGCUGAUGGCCAUCCUCCAGGCUGAUGGCCAUCCUUCAGUCUCAUGGCCAUAUGGCCCAGUUCCAAAGACCAGUUCCAGAGAGGCGGCUCAGUGUAUGUCCCCGUGCCCCCCAUUUCCUGAUCUUCCCCCCUCAUAGUCUCCACAGCUUCUCCUGGGCAGUCUACACAAGUUGGCCAGAGCCAGGCAAUUUCCAGAAAAUCAAAAAGCUACUUCUGAGGGAUGGUGAUUUAGUGAAAAAGCACACAGAGUUCCACAUGUGCUUCUAGAUCUCUUGCCCUUGGAGGGAAAUUAAGGGUGUAGUGUCCCCAGGACAGUUAGCACAGCAGCUUAGGCUGCGGCCACGGGCCGUCCACAACUGGGAGUGUUCCAGAAAUCCAGAUUCGUCGAGGGCAAUGCUGAGAGCUGAUGCUAACUCCCAGAUGGUCUGAGUGCCUCAUGCUAUGUAUGGGAAGGUUGGGCAGGAGAUGGUGAAGUCUUUAGGAGCAGGGGAGAGCAGCAACUCCAUCCAUCCUGGGGGCCUGUCGGCCGCUCAUCCUGGCCGUAGGAGAGGACCUCAAGAUUCUGAGCUAAACUUUGCUUCCUGUCGGCCUCAAUUGGGGGUUUGUGAGUCAGGCCAUGAAGUUCAGUUUGCCCUCACUCCGAGGGGGAGCAGAAUAAACUGAGCUGGCCGCAGGAUCAGACCGAAGGUCCUUCCCAUCUUGGACCUUCCCUGAGACCCAGAGUGCCUUGGGAUCUGUGUCUUGUCUGAGCAGAGGGAUUAGCUGGGUGGAGCGGCCCCCUAGCUCAUUAGAAUGUGGAUGGUCCUUGAAGGAUUAGGAAGUGACUGGGCUUGCUGGGAGCCCUUCUUUCUGGGUCUUUGCCUCUCUGUGCCCCUUUCACAGGAAGCCAAACCUGCCAGGCCUGCUGAGGGGAGCUUGAGUGGCUGGUGGCCAUGUUCUGGGCAAAAUGUGGAUGUUGAAAGCAUGACCCUCCUCAGACAGCUGUAGCUAGGAUUUUCUGCAUCCUAGAAGGGUGGCAGUCUGCCUGGACACGAAGCACCUUAUCCUCCGGUAGCUUUAGGAUGACCUGUUAAAGACUAAUCUGGAACUGGAAAUUUUCCUCCACCUGCCAGGGAUGAGCUCUGUCCCGACCCUUAAACUCCUGCCUCUUAAAAGAGGCUCAUUGGUGAGCCUGUGAUUGGACAGAGUCCACAUUCCCAGAGGUCAUCCAGGAGUUUGGGCUGCCCAGCCAGCCUUGGUCCCCAGUCCCCUCCUGAUAUACAAGCUCGUGCAUGUGGGUGGGGUGAGGGAGCCUGUGUAUUCUGGCAAUCCCGGGGUUCUCUCUUUGCCUUUUGUGGGUCCUUCUAAGGGACAACAAUCUGCACUUACCUCUCCUCCAGCCAUGUUUGUUCCCUCCAACACAUCUCCAAUAUACUCAUUUCAUCUCACUUAAGUAGGCUUUUCCAACAAUUUCCCAGCUCCAAAAGGUGAAAGUUGAGGGAAAUUUAGGUUGCCAGAGUAUAAUAGGAAAGGGAAGUACAAGUUGAAGAAGCACAAGUAGCCCAUUCCUCACGUCCUAUGUCCCCCCAUUUGGGGACAUAUGGAUCCUUACCCUGAUAUCCACUAUAUGCAUAACCCUUCAUAAACAGAUACCGAUAUAGUCUCUAUGUAUAGUCACUUCAUUAAUAGUUUUUUCAUGAAUUAGAUUGAAUAUAACCUGUAUGAUUCUGGUUUUAUAUUGUUCACCUUUGAAAAUAAGAAUGUAUUUAUCUAUGAAAUACAUACAUAUAAGUAUACAUAUAAAAAGCCAACAUAAGCAAAAACAUUUGUAUAUUUUGUAAUAUCUUUUAAACUUGUCUACUGCACACUGUAAAUACAUACGUUAUGUAUCUUGUAGUCCCACUUGCAUUCAGUAUGCUUUUUUCUCAUGUGGAUUAUUCAUGUGAUCUGUGUACAUGGUAUGAUUUUCAUAUUUUUGGAAAGAACAAAACAAUAAAAUAUAUUCAAACCCAAA